AAAAUUGUACCGUAUUUAGAACAUCUGGUACUUCACGCUUCAACUUUGAUUAUUCUAGUCAUCACCUGGGAAAGAUACUUCGCUAUCUGUCGACCAUUACGUAACUGUAAUAAACCCCGCCCAUUUCUCCUUAUAAGUAUAAUGUGGGUGGUAGCUGUGAUUACGUCACUACCGUUCGUAUUUAUGACGCAUCUUUUGGAAGAAGUUUUUAUUGAUGGGACGCCAUGUUUUGUGUGUAAGACCAUUAUUAACGAAUAUUGGCACUUCUUCUACAUAUCUGCCAUGUUUGUUGUUUAUUUUGUAGUGCCUCUGGGCGUAUUAACGUUAAUGUAUGGCGGAAUAAUCCGGAAGUUGUAUUCAGACUCAGUUAAAUUAAAAGAUCAAAUUGGAUCUUCAGAAUUUUAUCGACUACGUUCCCGGAAGCAGGUCGUGCGCAUGCUUAUCAGCCUCAUAGUGUAUUUCUUUGUAGCCUUAUUACCACUAAGGGUAGUGAUAAUUUGGCAGAUUUCGUCGCCGUCUGAAACAAUCGAUCAGCUAGGAAUGGAGUCGUAUUAUAAUAUCAUGUGGUUUGCACGGAUAAUGAUGUACACAAACAGUGCUGGUAAUCCUAUCAUCUAUAGUUUAUUCUCAUCAAAAUUCAAAAUGGCGUUCAAAAGAAUU